AUGACGAAUUUCUCCACAAAACAGAGACGCAUAACCAUCAUCAAUCGCUCUUCGACAAAUUAUUUCGUUUUUUUCCUUUUCACACUAAUAAUAGUAACAAUAAUACCAUCGCCAAUAAAUGCGCAAAAUUGUUCUACAACAGUUGACUGUCAACCAGGACAAGAGUGUCUAGGUCGACAAUGUUUAUGGACAUGUUACGAUUCCACCGAUUGUCCAGAUACCGAUGGAAUUUGUUCAAAUGGAAUUUGCAAGGCAACAGAGGUCAACGUAAAUCUUCCUUCAGGAUCUCCAGCAGUUCAAUACGAUAACUCUUAUGAAAUUAUAUUAAUAGUAAUAAUCGCAUUAGUUGUGAGUGGUGGAGGCAUAUUUGGCCUUUGGUGGUAUCGUAGACGACGAUUACGUAUACACCGAUUUCAUACAAUAGUGAGUGCGGUGAAUACUCCGCGAAAUUCAAUGAUUGUCACGUCAGAAAGUUCAACACGCCAGAUGGAGGAACGCCAAGCGGAGGAAAGAAGCGAGCAUUUGGAGGUUCGAAGUAGUCGAGAUAUUACUCGCGAAAUAAGAUCAUUAGAAGUAGAAGAGGUGGCACAUGUGGUACAGCAAACACAUCAAACUCACGUUGGCAGUAGUGAUAUUGUACAUGGAGCUGGUGUCAGUAGCAUAAUUAGUGGUGUGGCUGGUGGUAGCAGUGGUGGCUUAGAAGGAAAUACGGAGGUCGAAGAAACACCGAGUGUACACGAGACUACAAUUUAUGGUGAUACUGGUGCUUCCACGUCUUCAAUUGAUCUUUCCGCUGAAGCAAUAAAUCCUCAUCACCAUCAUGAAGAACCUUACCAGGGUGAUGACUGA